UGUAACUUGUUCUGUUGAAUGAAAUCACAGCUUCCCCAAACCACGUGGAAGACUCUCCCACCAUCCAGCAAAUGUUGCAGAACAGGAAUCCUGCUCUAAGAAAACCAUUAUCAUUACGGCGCCACCAGUCCAUGCCAGUCCAUUUCCAGGGAUUCAGUCAGGAGUUAGACAGACAGAAGGAGAAUGUUGAGGAUGUUACCUCAGGCAGCAAUGAGUCAAGCCAACAGAGGAAGGAAGAAGCAGAGGUGGAGAGUCGUCCCUUUCGAGUGCCAAAUAGACCUCCUACCAAACGUGGCCUGCACCUCCCGCCUCAGUGUUUAAAGAAGUCUCCAACAGCACCAGGGAGUUUAGAAGUAGCUGCAGAGAGUUCAGCAGCUCUGCCACAGGCACCGGCUCAUUUUUUUGAUGUGGACAAUGACGAUGACUUCCUGGAGUUACUGGUGGCAGAGCAGGGCCAGGUUGCUGAAGAGAAAGUUUCGUCAAGUCUGAUGAGUUUAAUGAAUGCCCCACUGCUUAGUUCUGAGGCUGGGCACAAAUCUCCUGGUGAAACACCCAAGGUUUCUGAACGGGGCCAACCACGGGGGCUUUUCCGCUCUCCGAGUGCACCCAGGCUGACUGGACUGAAGCGGUCGGAAUGUUCCACACGACGUGCCAGCCCUCUCAACAAGAGGAGAAAAAGUGUGUGUGAAGAUGAACCUACAGUCCAGCCUGUACGGUCACCUCUCUAUCGUUCCCACUCCAUUUGCGAGGUCGGUGGAUUUUCACAUUACCUGAAUGCAGGCGGAGAGGGCCACAACUUGAUAGGGGACUUUUCUAAGCCAUACUGCUUACCACUUGUUAAGGGCAAGCAUCAAGACCUGAGGAGUAUAACACCAGACACUUUGGUUGACCUAUUACAAGGUGUGUACAGUGGACAGGUACAACACUUUGAAAUCAUUGACUGCAGAUAUCCUUACGAGUACAGCGGGGGACACAUUAAGGGGGCAAAGAAUAUCUACAGAAAGGAUGAAGUUCUAUCAGAGUUACUCUACAAUCCACCAAAGUCUGUGGACAGUAACAAACGCCACAUCCUGGUGUUCCACUGUGAGUUCUCAUCAGAACGAGCACCCAAACUGUCCAGAUUUCUCAGGAAUAAAGACCGAGAUGCCCACAAGAAUUGCUACCCAGGCCUAGAUUAUCCUGAAGUCUACCUGCUGGACGGUGGCUACAAGGCCUUUUAUGAGACCCACAAGAGCAUGUGUGACCCUCAGAGCUACACCCCUAUGCUGCACAAGGACUACGGUGAUGAGUUGAAGAAGUUCCGCCUGCGGUCCAAGUCGUGGGCGGGCGAGCGCCGGCCCGUGAUGAGAGCAGGAUUGGCCCAGAGGUUCAACUCAGUCAGGUGACGACAGGGAGCUGCUAUAUCCAUUGACAUGAAGCCACAUGGAUUUUUUUCUUUGGUUCUCAGAAACUUUGCACUGAGCAUGAGGCAACAGGACAAAAUAAGACUUCUGUAAUAAUUGCCAAACAGUAAGUCUAAAAUUCACGUCCUGAAACCAUGUGUAUCAUUCAUUUUGAACUACAGUUUUUUUUCAAAUCUGAGAACCAAUGAAACAAAUGUGUGUGACUUGACUGUGCAAUAAUGCAAGGCAGUAGGAUCAUCAGGCUUCCCUGUGGGAAGAACAAUUACCUAAAACUGGUCACUAGGAAUUUUGAGAGUUUGGUUAUUAUGAAAGUUAGAUAUCAAAAUUGAUGCCACAAUGUAAAGAGGAGCACAUUCUUUCAACUACCAUUCUUAACUGUAUGGUACAUUGUUCAAAGCUGAAAGAUAUGGGCUUCAAAUUCCAAAUAUCCAACAUGCUAUCAAAUUUGUAGUGACCAGUGUUCUGGUGUAUUUGGCAAGAUUAAUUCUUGCUGUUGUACCUACAUGUGUAUCAGUCAGCUUUUGUUACAGAUGGGAAGAGUUUAUGGUAGGACUCCGGUUUAGUUUUAUGAUAGGAAAGAAUCUGCGAGCUCUGCAGCAGCAGCAGUAGUAGUUGUUAAGAAUGGCAUCAUUUUUUAAAUUUUUGUGCUACAUGUAUAUGUCAAAUUUUGAUUUUCAUAACUUAGAGUGGUUUGGUUUCAAAACCUACUCGUUAGUACUCGAGUGUGAAAUGAGGUGGCACAAAUUUUGUCCUUUUCUAGAUUUGGCAAUAUUGACUGAUUGAGCUUGGGAAGAAACAAAAGAGCCCCAUGCAUUGGUUACAAUAAUCUUGACAAUGGCUAACAGCAGAACUAGUGUAAUUAUUUUACUAAAGUGUUCAAUCAAUUUAAGCGCCAAAAGUCUUGACAAUCGUCAGCAUAUUUCACAGAGAAUUUUACCCGCAGUCUGAGUAAAUCCACUUACACUAAUCCUGAGACAGAAUUUUGCACAAUCAGGUCAGACUCACCAUGAGAACAGUCAGAGCUAAUCAUGUCUGUUUGGUUUUUUUCUGCAGCAAUAUGGUCAAUAGUUGUUAUGUCAGUUUCUUUUAUAAUUUUAAAAAGAGAUAUUGUACUAGUAAGUGUUCUGUGCAAAGAAACAAACAUGAUCAAAAAGUCUUGCCCACUCAAACUUCUAUACUUAAAUAGGCAUUCACAUUAGCAUGUACAUGUAUGUCGUUAGAAUUUUUAUACUUUUGCAUAUUGAUCAUUAAUGUUAUUAUUUUGGAGUAAGUGUUCUUUAUUUCGCUCAAGAUUAGAAAAUUAAAAAUUUUUAGCUGAUGAAUAUCUGUAUAUUAAAAGCGCACUACAUUUUUUUAAUGAACUCUUGAGAAUAUAAUCAUUUCUGCUGAGCAGUGCUCUGCUAUUUUGUUACAAUACUUUGUUUAAACUUGCUUCUGCCUGCUCUGUUGCUAAAAGUCUCUGUAGCUAUCAAUAUCAGUAAGAACAAGACUCAUGCAACACAUGCAGGUAAUGAUACUCAAAUGUUCACCUGGUAUUUGGGGACGUGGGCAUAUGUGAUUUGGGGUACAUGUCCAAUGCUCCAGCAUGCCAGUGAAAGCAAUAGGGUUGUCAAGGUAAUGUAAAGUUGUCAGGUUUAUAUGUGGCCAUACAAGUUUCUACCAUGGUACAGUGCCUAAAGAUGGCAGUGACAUUACAUGUACAUAAAUGCAUGUCAAUAACUUAAGUCACCAUGACAAAAAAUUCCUAGCAAACAGAAUGUAGUGGAAUAAGUAGAUAGAAUUACUCUAAAUUACUUAAUAUACCUCCUUAUAAUUAGCAGAGUAGAUCUACAAUCAAGAUGUACAACCAAGUUACGUGUACGUCGAUGAAGGUUAGACAUCCAGGUAAUACGAUACGCCAAAAAGCAGUUACUCAA